UGACAAACCAAUCACUAGACAGCGAUCAGCACUAAUGCCUUUAAGUGAUAUCAACACCAACAACGGCGGUAGCUACAACGCUCUCUAUUGGUACAUGGUAUGUUAUUAAUCCGGAUCUGAAUCAAAUAGCGCAUGCUCAUUCGUAUAGAACUCCGGCCACGUUCAAACCGAGAGCUACCGCAUGGGUCUUCACGGCCCAUACUCGAUGUACUUUAGCCGCAGCGGAACCCCCAGCACCAACAUUGAUACCUCCUUCUUCGGCAACCUCAACAUCAAGGGUUACGUCCCUGCGAGUGGACGAGGAACCGUCAGCGGUACUGCAUCGGGCGCUGACUCCAAAUUUGAUUGGGUUAUUCACUGGUAUAACGACGACGCUCAAUACUGGACCUACACCGGGUCGGGUGGUGCCUUCACCUCCCCGGCGAUGAAGCCCGGUACCUACAAAAUGGUUUACUACCAGGGUGAAUUCAAGGUUGCCGAAUCGUCUGUGACGGUGACUGCGGGAGGAAAGACAACCAAGAACAUCUCCGGCUCUGUCUCUACUGGCACCACUAUCUUCAAGAUUGGUGAAUGGGAUGGACAACCAACUGGCUUCCGUAACGCCGAGAACCAGCUCCGCAUGCAUCCUUCCGACUCUCGGAUGAGUAGCUGGGGCCCGCUCACCUACACCGUGGGCAGUUCGCAACUGACUGAUUUCCCCAUGGCUCUGUUCAAGUCCGUCAACGACCCUCUCACUAUCAAGUUCACCGCCACCUCUGCCCAAACCGGCGCAGCUACUCUACGUAUUGGAACAACCCUUGCUUUUGCAGGCGGUCGUCCUCAGGCAAAGGUCAACAGCUGGACUGGAUCUGCUCCAUCCGCACCCACGAACCUCAACUCCCGAGGCGUCACUCGCGGCGCGUAUCGUGGCAACGGAGAGGUCUACGACGUUAGCAUCCCUGCCGGAACUAUCGUCGCAGGGUCCAACACGAUCACUCUGUCCGUGAUCUCUGGAAGCUCAGGAGCUGACUUCCUCAGCCCUAACUUUGUCUUUGACUGCGUUGAGCUGUUCCAGUAGGUUGCAAUCUACUGAGGUAUUAGGGAAGAGUUGAUCUCGGACCUAGGUGCUGCAUUCCUGACUGUCCUUCACAAGCUUGGGUAGUCGACAUCGAACAUUUGUGUCUUAUUCUCUAGUACAGUUUUUUAUUGAUCCUUCGUAGGGCUUGAGUUCAGUCCACG